CACCAGAUAGCAUUUUGGAAAGACUUUGUUUGCACAAUCACACGUGACACGCGAAAAGCACUGAUACCCAUCUGGUCUAGUCUGAUCAUCACUAUUCUGGUCUGCCCAUCACUGCUCGCAGGGUUUUAACACAACACAGGAAAUCAUCUCAAUCCAGACAUCACAGUGGCCUGGAGCUGUAUUUGUUCAUGCAGAUGGCCCACAGGACUGUGCGCAGGCUGCCUCUGACGCGCAAAGCCGUACAAGAGGUUUCAGAGGUGGGCAGUGUGUGUAGCCAGUCCAUGGCUCCGACCGCAGAUCCGGCCCAGAAUGCACUCAUGACCUCUCACCGGGACGACCGACGAGAACGCACCGCCACUCUCAAGGAUCAGUUGGUUGAGAGGGACCAGCAUGUGGCUCGACUCCAGGACGCCCUGAAGAGGGAACGAGAGAAGUGUGUCCAGCUGCAGUCUCGCUGUGGCCAGCAGGUGGCAGAGCUGAGACGGCGAGAGCUGCAGAACAACCGGCUGAAGGAGAGACUCCUGACAGACAGCAGAUAUAAAGACAAGGGACCCGCCAUGGAGAUGCUGAAUGCCCCGCCCAAAGCUGCGUCCAAGAAAGGAGACCCCGCCUCCAAGGCCUCCCGCACCGACAGCAGGAAGGAGGAGGAGGCGGCCCUGCGCAUCAUCCUGGAGAGAAGAGAGGCGGAGCUUAGAGAGGCCAUGAAACUCCGCCACGCAAUCACCACCCUACUGCACACGCUCAGAACAGACAUGGAACAGACCCUCCAGGUCAUUCUGAAUGAUAAGCAGCAGGAGGAGGAGCCUGACAGCCAGAGGCUCGUCCAAUCAGAAGUGGUGCUGGGUGAUCAUGUGACUGGGGGCGUGGUCAAGGAGUGGAUCAGAGUGCAGAAGAUUCUGAGGGACAUGCAUUCGCAAGGGGGCAGUGCGGGGGCGACUGAUCAGGAGAAGCUGAUUGGUCAGCUGGAGAGAGAGCUGGAGGAGAGCAGACAACUGGUCAGAUCCCAGCAGCAACUACUGCAGGACAGUGUGACUGCAGCUCUCCCGGCUCCUCUGCUAGACUGCUACUACCUGGAGGAGUGGGAGCGGCUUGAGGACCAGAGGGCGGAGCUGGACAGGCAGAGGCAGAGCUUCGAGAGGGAGAGGCGGGCCUUCACCGACGCCGCCAUCCGAUUGGGUCACGAGAGGUGUGAGUUUGAGCAGCAGAAGGCGUGUCUGGUGCGCCAGCAGUACCUCUUCCACUCUCCCCCUAUCCAACUGACCCACCACCACCACUCUAGGAGACACAGCUCCACUACCAAGAUGGCUCUGUCAGGUGAUCCUGGGCUGCACUCUCCAGACUCCCUUGGUGGGUUGGCCACUCCCUCCUCCACCAGCUCGUCCAAUCAGAGCCCGGAGACACCGAGGGGUCACCAAGAGGUCAUGACCCCCAGCACUCCGGAACUUUACUCGGCCCUCAGUCUGCCCUACCCACGCAGGUCGGUGGGCUCCCCCUCUCCCACAGAGUGCUGGAUGAGACGAGGAAGGCAGAGAGUGCGCUGCACCCCAUUCCGCCCCAACCACGAGUACUCUGACUACUUCUAACACACACACACGUAUACACACACACACACACACACACACACACACACACACACACACACACACACACACACACACGUAUACACACAUUGGCCGGAGCAUGAAUACGCUGACUACUUCUAAUACACACACACACACACACACACACACACGUGUGUGUAUAGGCACACAUUGGCCAGGCCAUGAAUACUCUGACUACGUCUAGUCAUACGCAAAUGCACAGAGCCACAUUUCAGCAAUAUUUGACAUCUGGCCAUGCAGUGUUCUAAGUCAACUCACUAUGACCCAUUCCACACAAACAUGCGCUCACUGUGAUGCGUGAUGAUGCACUACUGAGGGUGAAUGUACAUGGACUAACCUUUUGGAGGCAGGGUUACCAGGCAACAACAUGAUGGACUCCUAAUGUUUUGUUUAUUUUUGUUUUUCUUCUUAUGGGAUGCUCACAGAAAGUUAAAUGCUGCUAUUGUUGUUGUUGAAGAAUAUGGUUGAUCUCAUGAAUAAGUUCUCGUUAAAUGAGAUUUUUUAAAAAAGUGUGUUUACCUUUAGUGAGUGGUGAAACCAUCCCCAUAAAACCAGUCCCUCGUUGUUGCCUGGCAACAUGGAGGAUUAAUUUUGACCAGUGUCUGACCAGAGCCUUGAAGUUUGCUAUGCCACUUGCCAUUCUGAAAUAUAGUGAAACUGGGGACAUUUUUAAUAGCAUACUAUACUGUAUAUGCUGUGUGCUACGUGAGAGUGAAUACUUAUUCGUGUGCGUGUGUAACUGAGGUCAUCUGCGCUAGUUUGCCUCUCGAGGCUCGAACCCGUGACCAGUGUAGUGAACAAGGAAACUCUAUUGGGUGGUACAUUACAUAGGCCGUUUGUUACCUUGCUCUGAUUCUUAUGCAAGUGCACCAUUUAUGUUGCGAAUGAGAAAACGUGUAUUACAUGGCAUGUUACAGAGGUGCUUGUGACCAUUGACACUAUGUAAGUCCACUAUUUACAUUAGCUAGUGAACAAGGAAACGUGUUGGAUGGAUCUUUAAACAUGGUGUGUUGUUAAAUUGUUCUGUUCCCUAUUUCAGUGCACUAUAGGCUACAGGUAUAGAGCAAGUAUUUUGAUUGCACUAUUUACACAUUCACACUACAUACAGUGUGCCGUGAAGAAGGGUACAUGUUGGAUGGGUCAUUUAACAGGGUGUUUGUUAAAGGGGUAUGCCACU